AAACCCCGGGGACAGUAGGGGGCGCUGUGGUAAGGCAGGACCGAGGCAGAGGCGGGGACGCUGUUCGCGAAACUGCCAAGACAACCACUAGAGUCACGGUUCACACUGUAUCUCACCGUCACCGGCUGGAUCCACCUCCACGACAGUGUCCGUAGUGCGGAGCGAGGAGUGGAAGGGGGAAACUCCAUAUGAUGCCGGCGCUCCUGUGUGACGUCCAAUGACGCCGCCUCUUCUUCUCUCACGGCUAACGCUCGUUACAACAGCCAGUCGCCGGACAACUGCGUGACGUCCGUCCGUGGCGAGCUCUCUUGCUUUUGAAAAGUGUCGGGACCAGGAUGCAAGAGAAGUAACCUGUGAAGCACGAGCCCGACCACGGACAUCUCUGAUGUUCUAUCCUGUCUAGUGCCAUGUCUCUGGUUUUCCCGCGACCCAACACCAACGCAAUCCACGGCAAGAAGGACAAAAGACUGAUGGCUGAGGUGAACGCAUCGCCGCUCAAGCACUUUGUCACUGCGAAGAAGAAGAUCAACGGGAUCUUUGAACAACUGGGGGCCUACAUCAAGGAGAGUUCCUCCUUCCUCGAAGAUGCGUACAAAAACGACGAGCUGGACCCGGUCACCACGGAGGAGCAGGUCCAGGAGGUCCGCGCAUUCCUUGCCAAGGUGGCGGGGAUCGGCGAAGUCCUCGCCCGCAGACACAUGAAGGUUGUCUUCUUUGGGAGGACCAGUAACGGUAAGAGCUCGGUGAUCAAUGCCAUGCUCUGUGACAAGGUGCUACCGUCUGGGAUAGGACACACCACCAACUGCUUCCUGAGGGUGGAGGGCACCGAUGGAAACGAGGCCUUCCUCCUCACAGAGGGCUCUGAGGAGAGGAAGAGCAUCAAGACCGUGAACCAGCUGGCCCACGCGCUCCAUCAGGACGAGGACCUCGAUGCCGGCAGCUUGGUGUGUGUCAUGUGGCCGAAAGCCAAGUGUGCUCUGCUCAGAGACGAUCUGGUGUUGGUGGACAGCCCGGGUAUCGACGUGACCACAGAGCUUGACAGCUGGAUCGACAAGUUCUGCCUCGAUGCCGACGUGUUUGUUCUGGUGGCGAACUCCGAGUCGACUCUGAUGCAGACGGAGAAGUCCUUCUUCCACAAGGUCAAUGAGCGACUCUCCAGUCCCAACAUUUUCAUCCUCAACAACCGCUGGGACGCCUCCGCCUCAGAGCCGGAAUACAUGGAGGAGGUUCGCAGGCAGCAUAUGGACCGCUGCACCAAUUUUCUGGUGGAUGAGCUGGCUGUGGUGGACCGGACCCAGGCCAGUGACCGCAUCUUCUUCGUCUCUGCCAAGGAAGUCCUGCAGGCCCGGGUGCAGAAGGCUCAGGGGAUGCCUGAAGCAGGUGGAGCGCUCGCAGAGGGAUUUCAAGCCAGAAUGUUUGAGUUCCAGAACUUUGAGAGACGAUUCGAGGAGUGUAUCUCGCAGUCAGCCGUGAAGACCAAGUUUGAGCAGCACACAGUGAGGGCCAAGCAAAUCUCAGAGGCCCUCCGCCACAUCAUGGACUCUAUUCACAUCGCUGCACAAGAGCAGAGGGUCUACUGCUUUGAGACUAAAGAAGACCGUCAGUGCCGCUUGGAGUUCAUCGAUAAGCAACUGGACCUGUUGACGCUGGACUGUAAGACCAAGAUCAAGAAGAUUACUGAGGAGGUGGAGCGACAGGUGUCUAACGCCAUGGCCGAGGAGAUCAGGAAGCUUCAUGUUCUGGUGGACGACUUCCACAUGGACUUUCACCCUUCAUCAGUCGUGCUCAAGGUCUACAAGAAUGAGCUCCAUCGGCACAUAGAGGAGGGUCUGGGCAAGAACAUGUCCCAGAGGUGCUCCACCUCCAUCACCAGCGCCCUGCAGGCCACACACACUGACAUGAUUGACGGUCUGAAGCCUCUGCUGCCCGGCCCAGUCCGAGAGCAGGUGGACAAGCUGGUCCCUCGGCAGUGCUUCAGUCUCAGUUAUGACCUGGCCUGUGACAAGCUCUGCAGCGACUUCCAGGAGGACAUCAGCUUCCACUUCUCCCUGGGCUGGACCAUGCUGGUCAAUCGCUUCCUGGGGCCCAAGAAUACCCGGCGGGCCCUCAUGGGCUACAAGGACCAGGUCCCUCGGCCCAUGGCCCUGACCCCAGUCAGCACCAGCAUGCCUCCGUUCCCUCAGAGCUCCGUGACUCAGGAGGAGCUCAUGGUCUCCAUGGUGACGGGUCUUGCCUCCCUCACCUCCCGUACGUCCAUGGGCGUCCUUGUGGUUGGCGGCGUGAUCUGGAAGGCGGUGGGCUGGCGUCUGAUCGCCCUGUCGGUCGGCCUCUACGGGCUCCUCUACGUCUACGAGCGGCUGACCUGGACCACCCGGGCCAAGGAGAGAGCCUUCAAGAGACAGUUUGUGGACUACGCCAGUGAGAAGCUGCAGCUCAUCGUCAGCUACACCGGGUCCAACUGCAGCCACCAAGUCCAGCAGGAGCUGGCCGGUGUGUUCGCUCAGCUCUGCCAGCAGGUGGACGUCACCCGUCAGAAUCUGGAGGACGAGAUCACUGACAUGAACAGGAAGAUGGAGCUGCUAGACAGUCUGCAGAGCCGGGCCAAGCUGCUGCGGAACAAGGCGGGCUGGCUGGACAGUGAGCUCAACAUGUUCACCCAGCAGUACCUCCACCACAGCAAGUAAAGCCAGCAGAGGAACAUCUGUUCCAGCUGCUGACCUCCACCAGGACCAGGGUCACAUGGGGGGACAGUCAGUGUUUCACUGGAGGAGUUACUGAUUGUCAGCUGGUGACUCGCCACACUCAAGAAUAUUAGAUUUGAGGCAUGACAUGAAACAAAGAGUUAAAGUCUUGAACAUCCCCUAAUCUGACCUCGUGAAGUCUGAGCUCUCCCCGCGUCCUGAUUGGCUGCGUCCAGUGACCCGGUCGGCUUCUGUCAGAAACUAUUCUCCGCUGUAUUCAGCUUGUAGAUUUGAUUGUGUAUAUAGAUUUGGAACACUGUAAAAGUGCCAUGCUGAAGUCAGAGACGGGCCACACGAGGGCCAUGUUCUAGGACAAUAAUUUAUUCUUUCAGCUGCCGAAGUAGAUUUGAAAAUUGCAGAGUGAUGAUGCAGAGAAGAAACGAUCAUAUGGUUUCAGCUCCAUCUGUCCAGUGUGUAGCAUAGACCGCACAUUUACAGCUAGUCAUAUUCCCUCUGAAAGUAAACGCGCACGAGGAGAGUCUAGGCUGAAGUGAGUGAAGCAGAUCAUGUGAGACAUGUCGUGAUGACACUCAGUCCAGAACGGCCAAAGAUAUGUUUGAUGCAUUACAUCGGAAAGCACUGACUUUAAUUUCCACUGAGCACAUGUCCAGGUCACUAUUCUUUAAUAACUUCACGUAAUGAAAUAUGUUAAUGUUGUGUAUAUGAUAAACCGUGGCUCCGUUCAGCUGGCGAGUCAUCACAUUUUAAUAUUCUGAUUUUAAAACACAGAGGGAGUUUGAGCAGUGAUCACACGUGGACGAGGUGAAAUGAACUUGUACCGUUGCUUUCUAAAAUGUGUGUACAUAAAGUUAUUUGAUAAUUUGCCAAUGGGUUGAACUAGAGGAGAUCAUAUCAGACAGGAGGGUCCAGUGUGUCCGUCUAGUUGAUGGGACAUGAUGGUACAACUGGUGAUGACACUUCCUCAGAGGGAAAUCAUGCACUUUAAUUAAAUUUUUCUCCUCAAUAAAGGUCGUUUCCCCCCAAAACCACAGUGUUGUCGUGGAAGGCUUCGGGAGGGCGCCGCUACCUGCAUGCAGUGAUUGUUGAUUGUAUGUAUGUCAAAGAAAUAAAGCUGACGAUGCUAAAAGAAAA